ACCUCCACAAUCGGAGUCUCCGUACGAUGUUUGUACUGUACUUAGUCUUCAGCUGUUUAGAUUUCUCGUUUGACGUUCGUUAUUUCAAUGUUGGUGCGUAUUGUGAACAGAGCCAUUUCUGAGUCGUUUUUGUCGCCGAAGAAAUAACGAAAUCCCGUCAUGGUAUUGAACGACGUGGAUACAUUUUGUCGCGAGCUAGAGAAAGCCGAAUUGGAGGCACCCAGUGGAAUUACUACGGCGAGGACGUACGCUCAAUUGUUAGCAGUAUACCUUUACCAGAACGAUUUAUGCAACGCUAAGUACCUAUGGAAGCGGAUACCUGCCGAUGUGAAAACCGAGAACAUAGAACUGAAGCAGAUUUGGAUCGUGGGCCAGUGCAUGUGGCAACGGGAUUGGGCCGCUGUUCACGCUGCCCUAAACGCCGAAUGGAGCACAGACGUUGGGAACAUUAUGAACGCACUCAAAGAUAACGUUCGUGAGAGGGCGGUAAAUUUAGUGUCCAAGGCGUACUCGUCGUUGGGCUUGAAUGUGUUCGCGACGAUGACUGGCCUGGCAGAAGAGGAGGCGCGGCGGGCGGCUGUCGAAAAAGGUUGGACCAUCGAUGGAACGAUGGUGCAGCCGCGUAAGAUUGAGACUGAAGAGUGCAUCCUCGACAACGAGGACCUUACCGAAGACCAGCUGCGCAAGCUCACGCAAUUCGUCUCCUUCUUGGAGAACUGAACGAGCCCCGGUGCCCCGCGGGCCCCGUCGAUGACGAAGCACACCCAUCACGAAGACUCGAUCCGACAGUACUUUAAACUUAGUUUUACCUCGUAAUCGUAUUAUAUAAAGGAGGAAGUGUGCCUCAAAGGAAGCACCUGUGUCCCUACCCUAAGUAUACCUCUCGGUCUACCUACGCGUUCUGCCCGUUCGAUCGGAAGAAUCAUUCUCGAUGAAGCAAGCGCGGAGUCAACAACUCGAUUAAUCAAUAAUCGACUCGCCGCGUGCGAGAGAAGGCGGACUGGCAUUUUCUAGAAGGGACACCUUCCACAGGAGGGAAAUCCAUCAUCGACAGAGGUUACGAGAUUCUAACGACGUGUAUUUGAUUCAUCGGUGUUCAUCACGCAGCAUCAACCCGCUGGAACGAAUUAUUCUAUUGUACAAAAAUAAUAAUUAUGGACGCGAUGGCUACCGUCCUAACACAA